AUGGCUUCAUCUUCUUCCCAGCCUCCACCUCCUCAACCAUCUCCUUCUUCCCUUCCUGUUCAACCUUCGCCUGGUUUCCCAGAACAACUGAUGCACAAAAAUCGUUUACAAGAGUUUGCUCAAAAGUGUAAGAUUGCACUUCCCGUGUAUCAAACUACCAAUGAGGGGCAACAUCAUGCUCCAAGAUUUAGGUCAAAGGUGUGGGUGGAUGGAAUGAGUUACACUUCCCAAUCCACUUUUUCCCACAGAAAAACUGCUGAACAGGAUGCUGCCAGACUUGCCUUGAAGUGCCUCUCUAAACGGACAAGAGAUGAAGCACCAACUCUUGUUUGUGAGAUUUCUGCAUUUUGCAAGUCUAUCUUGAAUGAAUAUGCUACUAAACUGAAUCUAGAAGGACCUACGUACAACACUGUUCAACAAGAAGGGUUUCUUCCUGUUUUUAUAUCUUCUUUAGUUUUCAAUGGCACAAGUUACACUGGUGAUGCAGCUAGAAACAAAAAGGAUGCUGAACAGUUAGCUGCUCGUGCUGCUAUUCUUUCAAUUUUGGGUAAUUCUGACCCAGAAUCAAUGCUCUUUGAAAUGAUCAAGUUAAAAUCUAAACGUAAUAAUGCAAGAAAAAGAAAGGGCUUGCAAAAUAUUCAUUUUAGUGCUGUGACACCCUCAUCAAAGACAGGACAUACCUGUGUUAGAUUGGGUCAUACGGAAUUUGCAGGUUCUGUGGCUGAUAUUAAUGAUAAAACUGAGGUUGAAUUGCUUGAGUCUUAUAGGAUGGUUUCCACAUGUCAAGAAUUUAAGAUAUCAAAGCAAGAACUAUCCCCUGGGGUCACCAAGGUUUCAAAAGUGGACCUACGACGAUGUUCAGCUCCUCCUCUUGAUGGUGGUUCAAACUUAUCCAUAUUAAUUGAAAUGCUAGCCAUUGAGUAG